CGACGUACCCUUGCUCCCGGGGAUCGUAAAGCGCGGAAGGUCGCGGUCCCCGCUUCCCCGGAACUCUUUAUUCCCUCCAACUCGUCCCUUCCUCGUCCCUGCCCCACCCCCUUUCCGGACCCCGGACCCCGACCCCGAAACCCUGGUGACUGUAGUUGCUGCUGCGGGUCUUUCUCCGGCCGGGGAGGAGCGCGGAGCCCGUGGGCGCCCAUGAGUUUGAAUGCUUGGACUCUCCUGAACUGAGCGAGGGCACGUCUCUGGGUGCCGACUGACGUGAUGUUUUACCGGUGGCUCUCAGUGGUCCGAAGACACAGAGCCAGCCGAGGAUGGCGGAACUGGUCCUCAGCCAGAAGCAGUGCAUCGGCGUCCAUGGCACAUUCUGUCGCUCUGCCUGCUCAGGCGCAGGUGGUCAUCUGUGGUGGGGGAAUCAUGGGCACGUCCGUGGCCUAUCACCUGUCCAAGAUGGGAUGGAAGGACAUUGUCCUUUUGGAGCAGGGCAGGCUGGCUGCCGGCUCCACGAGGUUCUGUGCUGGCAUCGUGAGCACCGCCAGGCACUUGAGCAUCGAGCAGAAGAUGGCAGACUAUUCAAACAAACUGUACCAUCAGUUAGAGCAAGAAACAGGGAUCCAAACAGGCUACGUAAGGACCGGCUCCAUCUUCCUGGCCCAGACUCAGGACCGCCUGAUCUCCCUGAAGCGUAUCAACUCAAGGCUGAACGUCAUAGGCAUCCCUUCCGAGAUCAUCUCCCUCAAGAAAGUGGCUGAACUCCACCCUCUCCUCAAUGUGCACGACCUGGUGGGGGCCAUGCACGUCCCCGAGGAUGCAGUGGUGUCCUCUGCCGAUGUGGCUCUUGCCCUGGCGAGCGCUGCCUCCCAGAAUGGGGUUCAGAUCUACGACCGGACGAGUGUUCUUCACGUGAUGGUCAAAAAAGGUGAAGUUACUGGCGUGGAGACAGAUAAAGGGCAGAUCGAAUGCCAGUACUUUGUCAACUGUGCUGGUCAGUGGGCAUACGAGCUGGGUCUGGCCAACGAGGAGCCGAUUAGUAUCCCGUUACAUGCCUGCGAACACUUCUACCUCCUGACUCGCCCCUGGGAGACCCCUCUGCACAGCAGCAUGCCAACUAUCAUGGAUGCUGAUGGCAGAAUUUAUAUUCGGAACUGGCAGGGUGGCAUCUUGUCUGGAGGCUUUGAGAAAACCCCAAAACCAAUUUUCACUGAGGGCAAGAACCAGCUGGAGAUUCAGAAUCUGCAGGAGGACUGGGAUCACUUUGAGCCCCUGCUGAGUUCUCUCCUGCGUAGGAUGCCAGAGUUGGAGACCCUGGAGAUCAUGAAGUUGGUGAACUGCCCCGAGACCUUCACACCGGACAUGAGGUGCAUCAUGGGCGAGUCUCCUUUGGUGCAGGGCUACUUUGUCCUGGCAGGAAUGAACUCCGCUGGCCUUUCAUUUGGCGGGGGAGCUGGCAAGUACCUCGCCGAAUGGAUGGUGCACGGCUAUCCCUCAGAAAGCGUCUGGGAAUUGGACCUGAAGCGUUUCGGAGCCCUGCAGAGCAGCCGCACCUUUCUGCGCCACCGCGUCAUGGAAGUCAUGCCUCUGCUGUAUGAUUUGAAGGUUCCCCGUUGGGACUUCCAGACGGGGAGGCAGUUACGCACAUCUCCUCUCUAUGACCGACUGGACGCACAAGGAGCCAGAUGGAUGGAAAAACAUGGAUUUGAGAGGCCAAAGUACUUUGUGCCACCAGACAAGGACCUCCUGGCAUUGGAGCAGAGCAAGACUUUCUAUAAGCCAGACUGGUUUGACAUUGUGGAGUCUGAAGUCAAGUGCUGUAAGGAAGCCGUGUGUGUCAUUGACAUGUCCUCUUUCACAAAGUUUGAAAUAACAUCCACCGGAGAUCAGGCAUUGGAAAUUCUACAGUACCUCUUCUCCAAUGACCUUGAUGUGCCCGUGGGCCACAUCGUGCACACUGGCAUGCUCAACGAGGGUGGAGGCUAUGAGAACGACUGCAGCAUAGCACGCCUGAACAAGCGCAGCUUCUUCAUGAUUUCUCCAACUGACCAGCAGGUCCACUGUUGGGCCUGGCUUAAGAAGCACAUGCCACAGGACAGCAAUCUGCUUCUGGAGGACGUUACCUGGAAAUAUACUGCCCUCAAUCUGAUCGGUCCUCGAGCCGUGGAUGUGCUUUCCGAGCUGUCCUAUGCGCCUAUGACUCCAGACCACUUCCCGAGUCUCUUUUGCAAGGAGAUGAGCGUGGGCUAUGCCAAUGGGAUCCGGGUGAUGAGCAUGACCCACACGGGAGAGCCGGGCUUCAUGCUUUACAUUCCCAUAGAGUAUGCCCUGCAUGUCUACAAUGAAGUGAUGAGUGUUGGACAGAAAUAUGGAAUCCGGAAUGCUGGAUAUUAUGCUCUCCGCAGUCUCCGAAUCGAAAAGUUUUUUGCCUUCUGGGGUCAGGAUUUGAAUACACUCACCACCCCCCUGGAAUGUGGACGAGAGUCCCGGGUGAAAUUAGACAAGGGGAUGGAUUUCAUUGGUCGAGAUGCCCUGCUGCAGCAGAGGCAGAAUGGGGUGUAUAAACGCCUCACUAUGUUCAUCCUGGAUGACCACGACACAGACCUGGACCUCUGGCCCUGGUGGGGGGAGCCCAUUUACCGAAAUGGGCAAUACGUUGGCAAGACCACCAGCAGUGCCUACAGCUACACCCUGGAGCGCCACGUCUGCCUGGGCUUCGUGCACAACUUCUCGGAGGACACUGGGGAGGAGCAGGUGGUGACAGCAGAUUUCAUCAACCGGGGCGAGUACGAGAUUGACAUCGCGGGACACCGGUUCCAGGCCAAGGCCAAGCUCUACCCAGUUGCCUCCCUCUUUACACAUAAGCGCCGCAAAGAUGACGUGGAGCUAAGUGACUUGCAGGGCAAGUAAUAAUGUCAGGCAGUCCUACCACCUCCCCAUCUUCUCGUAGGAACCCGUUCUGAUCCUCUUCUUGAUUUAACCUUUGCCUCCUAUCUCCUUGAUACAAUUUUAAAUAUUUUGUUUUGAACCCUCUCUUGACCUUUCCUCUCCUCCUCCCAGGUGCAGUUCCCCAUCUCCUAACACUCACUCUGGGCUGUUUGACCGUCCCCCCACCCCCUCAGAUUUCCAUGGUGACAGGAAGGACAGGAGCAGACCCCAUCUGUGGGAGGGAGUUACGGUGACAGAUUUCUAAUGCUGUGCUGGGAAGCUGCUGUGUGCUGGCCUUGGAGCAAGAACCCAAUGCUGUGGGGCCAAGUGUCGAGGGAGUAAGUAGCCUGUUAGCGGAGGGGGGGGUUGCUGUGUUUGUGACAGCCCAGAUCCUCUGUGCUGUGGGUCGGCACCCUGACACCUCUAGCAAGAUGACCAUCUACCUCACAAGAGGUGUCGUGUGGUUGUUUCUGGGCUGCAGCAGAGAUAGCCUGGCACUGUCCCCAGCCUCCUACCAGACUGUAAGGUCAGGGCCACCUGCCUGUAAUUCUCAUCAUGUCUAUCACUAGGGGCUCUGUUUGUUUACCUGAGUAAGCAAGUAAGACGCAGUAUCUGAAAGGGAAAAGCGAUGUUGCCUUGUGCUUUGAUAUUUCCAGGUGAAAGUCUUAACCUCAGAAAGCAUCAACACCAAACCAUGCUGAGUUUCCUGCUGCUAAAACUGCGCUUUUGCUCUCUCAGCUAUUCCAAGUUCAGGCACCCCACCUUGACUGUCCUCAUAGGUUUCCUUCCCUGUCCCUUCUGCAGUGGGCCCACUAGCUCAGCAACUGUUUCUCUCCCCUAAAGGGAGGGCACAGUAAGCCCUGUCAUCCUGGUUGUGUACCGUAUUUUUGGACAAGAUGCACCUAGCUUUUAUAGGAAAAUUUAAAAAAAUUUUUGAAGCAAAAUGGUAAAAUAUUUAAUAACAUAAAUAACAAUGUUUACCAUGGUAAAUAUAAACACAACAGCAGCAUUAACCACCAUUAUUCCUCCCAAAUUUGGGUGGGGGGGUGGAGAAAGAGGAAGUGCAUCUUAUAGUCCAAAAAACACGGUAGGUAAUUAAACCUUGCUGGCUCUUCUGCUUCCUCCAGCACAGAAGAGACAGAUCCACAGAUGACCCAUGUGGGCUCAGAGUGUACAGGGUACAUGCCAUGUGAGCCUAGCAGAAUGCUUUCCGUCUUUUCUUUCCCUGUCCAGCCAUUUCUCUGUCCCCUCCAAAUAGAAAAUGACCUGGAGCGCCCCCAAGAGGGCCAUGCACAGUUAAGUGUGUCUUUUUCUAAGGGUGGGACGUGAGUGACAUCAGACUGUAUUAUCCCUCCCAGCACUUAAUUUUCCCUUGCUCCUAAGCUGCCAUAAUCUGAUUUUCUUUUAGUAUAAACUGUUAGAGGUGUAACUAAUUAAACUGUAGCCUUUGUUUUCUUGGCAUCUGAGAAGCAUUAGCUCUGAUGGGUCUCCAAGUUUAGUAGAGAAGCAGCUUUCAGGUGCUGGCCAGCUCUGAGUUUUCUUUUACCCAUCUGGUCAGGCUGCCUUUGUCCAGACAUUUCUUGCCAUUUUCCCAGCCAGACAACAUCUACUUGAUUAGUGUCCAGCUUUUUAGGAGGUCUCAGAUGAUUUAUUAAGGGAGCAUGUGAUAGAAUUGCUUGGACGGCCGUGCUAUUUUGAUGCAAAUGUGUAUGUAACUAGCUGAGAGAUGCUGCUCCUAUGCAAAGAAGAGGAAAGACGUUGCCCAGCUUGGGAGCAGUGACCAGGAGCUGGGCCAGUGCAGAUGUGACCAGCAGGCAGUGACUGGCCCAAGACGAAAUAGGUGAUACAGAGCUAAAGAUAUCACAUGCUCCACACCAUUCCAAAGUAAUCUUUUCUGGAGUUAUGCACGAACUUCAUCUUGUCACAGACUGGCAAGAUGCUGCUGCUCUUCUAGGGCAUCACUUGUGUACUAAGUGUCCCGAAGCGCACAUUAUUGUUUGGCACUUUAAAAUUCCUCCUUGAAGUCUUUUUGUUUGUUUAAACAUUGGCAAUGUGAAUCGGGUAGUUCUCUCUAAAUCUGAAGUGACAACUUUCCCACCUCUAGCAUAAUUGACAAUCAAGACAUCUAAUUUGUGUGUCAUUGCCAUCUCUGGGGCAGUGGUGCCACCUGUGUUUGUCUUGUGUGACAACUCACCUCUCUCUAGGGAUGCAAGUGGUUCUGGAUUCUUCCGAGGGGCUUUUCUCAGAAGUGAUCAUCACCUCUUGUGCUCUCUUGGGGAGGGCUCUGCACACUUCUUCUAGCUAGCUUGUCCGAAUGUUCAACUGAACAUUUUUGAACCUAGAGAUGCAAAGUGUGUUAGCCACAAACCGAUGAAGCCCCACGGUUUCCAGUCUCCUGUGCCGUUUCCUCCCUUGACAUAGCUUCUAAGCCCCUCCUCAUGGCUGCCACACGUACAUCCUGUUUCUUGGCACUGCCACUGUCAUCUGACAAAUUGAAGCAUCAGGAAGAUUUCCCACCUGUGAUGUCACUGAAGUCAGAAAACCUCUGAGCAAAAAGGGACAAACUACUUGCUUGGGUGGCCCGUCUGGCGUCCUUUAACUCAUGCAGAGUCAGGUACAUGUGCUGCAGAGGCACGGCACACUCCAGGGGAGACCAGGGGGCAACUCACGCUGUAGUGCUAGUGCUUUUCUGGUGGGGGGCCCUGCACCCCCAAAUGUGAGCAGUGCCAUUCAGACUAGGGACCCAAAGACCAUUUAGCUCAGUGAUUACCCCAUUCCGGCAGUAGAGCACCGUCACUAAGGGAUGCCUCCCCGCCUGGACUUCUGGCUCUGGCGUCUGACCCUCACUGGUGUCUGCCUGAGCCUUCACCACCCUUUAGAACCUGACCUGAUAAAAGGACGUCUUCUGUGACCUGUGGUCUCGGUUCUGAGCUAGAAGGCUGGGCCUGGUAGUUGCACUGGCUGGUUUUCAGGGGGUACCUACAGGGUUCAUUUUCCUCUUUGUUUUUUCUUGGGUAACAGCGAUCCCAAGGGUCCUCAUUAGUAUCUACAGCAGGGGUUCGGUUGCAGUGGUUAAUACUGAAGAAUAACCCCCGUCCUUCCAAUCCCUCACCAACUUUGACCUAAGAGACAUACCAACAUGACACGGGAAGUUUCUUGUGAGGGGAGGAUUUUUGUCUCAAACAGCAUUUCUAGGCACAUGAAUUCAGAAGCACAGUUGAGCUGAGCAACGGUAGGUGAAGCAGUGAGAUGUUUAGGCAUAAUGACGACGCCCAGCAGUAACUGAGCAGCUGUGCGACCACCGCUCAGCACCUCCCCACAGCCUCCACUUCCAGGUGCUGAGUUGUAAGCCUCCUUCAUUUUCAGUGUGGGGCUCCCAUUUGCAGUCCCCCAUCACUAACAAAUGCACUAUUUUUCCAGAGGACUAAGUAUUUUUGUAUGUUUGCCUUCUUUGUCCAUUAAAUACUGUUGUUCCUUGUAUAAUAUGAUUGACUUCUUUGAGCAGAAUGUCUGUAUUCCUUGGAAAACUACACAUUUCUCAUGGCUAUUAUUCUCAUAGUUAGAUGCAGUUACUUUUAUCUUUUGCAAACACUCCACCUUCUUGUUUUUCUUUCUCUCAAGGACAAUAAUUACAAGAGGUGGAAAGGAUAUUUUUAGCAUCUGUUUCAAAAGAGCUAAGCCAGGAAUUCCAUUGCACACCAAGAACUGGGGCUUGGGGCACAUCUUUUCUCCACGCCAGGUUCUCGUGCCUUACACGUGAGAAUGUCACAUGGUGGGCAGAGAGAGGAAGGCCAAAAAAGAAACUCCGUUUCAGUCUGAGGGUUCCCAUCACCUUGCUCAGCCCCUCCCUCCCCAGAACAGGUGUGUGGGGGGGACAAAAGCUGCCUGAACACCCUGGUGUUCUAAGCCUGCCUCAGUGCAGGGUGUUCUAAACAGCACAGUUGACACUUUCCUCUCUGGUCAACUCUUGGGAUGUAUCAAAGCGCCACUGUAGUUACUGUAAAGUGCUGUGAUGCAUUCUUUGCAUGUGUUAAUGUGCACUUGUGUUCAGCCCUUUCUGUCCCUGUGCAGCGUUAGCUGGUGGUCCUGAAGACAUCUGAGGCACUUAGGUAACUGGGACCUUUCCUCAAGAGCCCUGGUGACUGACGUUAGGCACACGGGGUGACCGAGCACGUCUGCCCUCCAUGAACAUGGCAUUAACGUUGUGGGCUGUAUUUCUGUCAGGGCAGAUUUCAGUUCAGAUUUUCUUUUUGUGUUACUAGGUUUGUAAAUGAAUAAAGACAUUUUAAAUACUCUUA